CGGUGCGCAAAGGGUACAGGAUCCAGACGGACAAGGAAAGGGACUCUAUGAAGGUGCUGUACUAUGUUGAGAAAGAACUGGCCCAGUUUGACCCAGCUAGAAGGAUGCGGGAACGAUAUAACAACACCAUCUCUGAACUCAGCUCUUUACACGAGGACGACGUGAGCUUCCGGCAGCCCUACCGCCAGGUGCGGAGGAAGCCUCUGCCUCCCGCAGGGGAGCUGGAUGGUGACGCUGAGUACUGGGCAGGAGUGCUGGGCGGGGGCAGCACGGCGAGGUCACAGGCUGUCUCCGACUACAGGGACGAGCGGGACAGCUUCCGGCACAGCCAGCAGAGGUCCAAGUCCGAGAUGUUGUCCCGUAAGAGUUUCUCUGUGGGGGUGCCGGCCGUCUCUAUGGAUGAGCUGGCAGCCUUUGCCGAGUCCUACAGCCAGCGGGCCCGGCGGGCCGACAGCCAGGAAACUCGGCGUUUUGAGCGGUCCGAGUCGCACGGCGGUCGCAGCGGGGGGCUGCCCCACCAGGAUAGCUCCAUGGAGGAGUACUACACCAAGCGUGGCAGAGGGAACCGGGAGCCGCUGACGGACUCGGACCGGGGCUGGUCAUACAGCCCACCCCGGAGACGGGCCCACGAGGAGAAGCACCUGCCCAGGCUGGUGAACCGGACGCCUGGAGGCAGCCAGAAGUACGAUCACUCCUACCUCAGCAGUGUCCUGGAGAGGAAAUCCCGGAGCUACGAUGAGAGUGGUGACCGCAGUGAAACCCCCUCAAAGCUGAGCUCACAGCCCAGCCAGAGAGGAGGGGGAACGUAUUAUGCCUGGUCACCACCCUCGACCUACAGAGCCGAGAAGUCGCAGCAGCAGUCGCAGCCGCCAUCACCGCCUCAGCAGGAGGAGGGGGAGGACACCCUGCCCCCGUACAGCGAGAGGGAGCUGAGCCGAGGCCCUUCGUACAGGGCCAGGGAGCAGGCCUACCUCAGCGCCUCUGACAAGAAGAGGAAGAAGGACCCCAAGAAAACGAAUGAUUGCCCUACAAGGAUGUCCCUUGUGGUUUGA